UCACUUUCCGUUAAGUCGUCCAGACUUGGACGAUCGCCAGAACGGCAUGGUUGGGCGUCGGGUCAGCACCAACUUGUACCGAAAGAUGCAGCAUGGCAAAGCGGAAUGGCAGCCGCCAGUCGUGAAGCCACGGAAUGGCAAAAGCCGUCCUCCAGCGACCAUUGCCUGAAGUUGAGUCUGACUGACGCAAAUGGGCUUCGAGGCAAUAUGACCCAAUUCGGUUGCCAACUUUUCGUAUUGCCCUGCGGUAUUUCAGGCCUCAUUCUCGAUUGGGAUAAAUUGUCAGCUUACAGACGCACCAAACCAGGCGGUCAGGAAUGA